UUGUUCCCCGUUGGGCCUCCAGAGCGAAACACUGCAGAGGACUCGCGUCCCUUGUGGUCUUUUCUUGGUGACCUUUUCCCUUUAGAGUCUUGUAAAAUUAUUCUUCAGGGGAGGAACGCUACAAAGGGUCUUGAGUAAGUUGCGAAGCUUCGUUGUCAUGUUAUGGGAUGUAAUGACCACGUUAGCCUGUAGGGGUCCCUGUUUGCUUCUACUGCAGGUCACCUCAGAGCGAUUUCUCCCUGUACUCCACUUUUAUGUUCCUGUCGAAAUCAAAAUGACCUUCAGAUCUCCCUUUACAACACAACCAGUUGUGUGUGUGUGCUUGUUAAAAUGUUUGGUGGGGACAUAAAUCAUAAUCAGAUUCACAUCGUGGGGACCAGCUAUUUUUUGGGGGGACACAAUGAGGACAAUAUCGUAAAUCAUUACAUUUAAGGUAAAUACUUGGUUUAGUUUGGGUCCAAAGAAAUGAAUGCAAGACAAUGUCCCGAAAAGUGUGUGUGUGUGUGUGUGUGUGUGUGUGUGUGUGUGUGUGUGUGUGUGUGUGUGUGUGUGUGAGAGAGAGAGAAACAAACCUCAGUGCUGCCCUGUCCACUCUCGUAUAAUAUGACACCAGCAGCAGAGGUAAAAGCUUCAUGGAUUUAGGAACAAUAAUCCAUUUUGCUGCAUUGCUGCUGCAAUGCAACACCCCCUUUGUCUUGUUCAGGGAUGCUCCCCCGUUUGUGUGUGUGAGUACAAAUAUUUAAUGGGGACAGAUGAAAGGGCGAUUGUCUCGUCUCCUGUCAGAGGUUGAAUGAUGGGGGGAGGAAUCAGUGAGAGAAGGUGAUGAGAUGAAAUGAGUCUAUUUCUUUUUCUCCUUUCUGAUUUUCUUCACCUCCUCUGACCUCCGCUGAGGAGGUGCUUCGUUUAGUUUUUCACGAUGGGCUUUGAUCCACAUCCUGCUCGCUUUGUCUCUCCACUGGCUGACCAUCACACAGUCAGAGACUAGCUGCCUCAUGGACCAAUCAGCAUGAGGCUCCUCAACAGCCCUGUGUCGUUGCUCCUCCCCCUCCUACAUGGCCCGCCCCUCCCCGUGCGCCAUCGCUGGUGCCUGUCAACACUGUCGCCCAAUGGCGGCGCAGCAUCGCGCAGACGCCUCAGCACGGAUGGCCGCGCCCCUCAAGCCCUGAUUGGUCGGGACUCGGUGGAGGUGUUGGGCCACUCCUACAGCCGCGACGACUUCACCAACGUCGCGCCGAGCGUCUUGGCCAAGGUCGGACGCAACCUGCACAACCAACCGCAGCAUCCUCUGUGGCUGAUGAAGGAGCGGAUCAAAGCCCACUUCUACAGCGCUUACGUCGGUCGCUCGGGCAACCCUUUGUUCUCCGUCCAUGACAACCUGAGCCCCGUGGUUACCGUGGAGCAGAACUUCGACAGCUUGCUGAUCCCGCCCAACCAUCCCAGCAGGAAGCGAGGAGAUAACUACUACCUGAACAGGAGAACGAUGCUUCGCGCUCACACCUCCGCCCACCAGAGGGAGCUGGUGAGCUCCGGCCUCGACGCCUUCUUAUUGGCCGGAGACGUCUACCGGCGGGACGAGAUCGACGCCAGCCACUACCCCGUCUUCCACCAGAUGGAGGGGGUCCGACUCUUCUCCAACCACCAGCUGUUCUCGGGGGUGCAGCACGGCGAGGAGCUGUCCCUGUUUGAGGCCGGAGGUCGGCGCUCGCCUCAGAAACAGGAAACUCACUCUCUGGAGGCCGUGAAGCUGCUGGUGUUCAACCUGAAGACCACGCUGGCUCGACUCGUCACUCACCUGUUUGGACCAGAUGUGGAGGUGCGGUGGGUCGACUGUUACUUCCCCUUCACUCACCCCUCCUUUGAGCUGGAGGUGCGUUUCCAGGGCGACUGGAUGGAGGUGCUGGGCUGUGGAGUGAUGGAGCAGGAGCUGCUGAGCUCAGCCGGGGCGGGGGGCAAGGUGGGCUGGGCCUUCGGCCUCGGUCUGGAGAGGCUGGCCAUGGUCCUCUACGGCAUCCCCGACAUCCGGCUCUUCUGGAGCCGCGACGAGCGCUUCCUGGGACAGUUCCGGGUGGAGGAGGUCCAUCAGCCCGUCUGCUUCCAGCCGCUCAGUAAGUACCCCCCCCUCCUCAACGACAUCUCCUUCUGGCUGCCGGAGGGCGGAGGCGACUUCAACGAGAACGACUUCUACGAGCUGGUCCGCUCCAUCGGAGGCGACCUGGUGGAGAAGGUCUCGCUGGUGGACCAGUUCACACACCCAAAGACCGGUAGGAGGAGCCAGUGUUACAGCAUCAUCUACCGUCACAUGGAGCGAACUUUGACCCAACAGGAAGUCCGACUCGUCCACGAGCAAAUCGAACGCACCGCUGAGGCCGAGCUGGGGGUCCAGGGCAGAUACUGACACACACACACACACACACAUAAAGACACACACACACACACACACACACAAAGAGAGACUUUAAAAAACCUUCAAAUAAAGCUUUAUUGUGAAAAAUGAAAAUGUGUCUUUAACUGUAUGUUUUGUAUCUUUGCAUUUGACCAUUAAAACGCUUCUUUGUCA